GAAGAGAGGAGAGGAGAGGAGAGAGAGGAGAAGAAAGAGAAGAGAAGAGAAGAGAAGAGGAGAGAGAAGAGAAGAGAAGAGAAGAGGAGGAGAAGAGAGGAGAGAAGAGAAGAGAAGAGAAGAGAGGAGAAGAGAAGAGGAGAGGAGAGAAAGAGAAGAGAAGAGAGGAGAGGAGAGGAGAGGAGAGGAGAGGAGAGAAGGAGAGAAGAAAAGAGAGAAAGAGGAGAGGAGAGAAGAGAAAGAGAGGAGAAGAGAAAGAGAGAAAGAAGAAGAGAAAGAAGAGAAAGAGAGAAGAGAAAGAGGAGAGGAGAGAAAGAGGAGAGGAGAGGAGAGGAGAGGAGAGAAGAGAGAGAGGAGAGCUGAGAAGAGAAGAGAAGAGAAGAAAAAGAGAGGAGAGAGAAAGAGAAGAGAAAGAAGAGGAGAGAAGAGAGAGAGAGGAGAGAGAAAGAGGAGAGGAGAGAAGAGAAGAGGAGAAGAGAGGAGAAGAGAAAGGAGAGAAGAGAAGAGAAGAGGAGAAGAGAAGAGAAGAGAGGAGAGAAGAGAAAGAGAGAAGAGAAGAGAGAGGAGAGAGAGAGAAAGAAGAGAGAAGUGAAGAGAGAAAGAAGAGAGAAGCGAAGAGAGAAGCGAAGAGAGAAAGAGGAGAGAAGCGAAGAGAGAAAGAGAAGAGAGGAGAGAGAAGAGAGGAGAGAGAGAGGAGAGAAGAGAAGAGAAGAGGAGAGAAAAGAGAGAGAGGGAGAGGAAGAGAGGAAGAGAAGAGAGAAGAGAAGAGAAGAGAGGAGAGAGGAAGAGAAGAGAGGAGAGAGAAGAGAGGAGGAGGGAAGAGAAGAGGAGAGAGAGAGGAGAAAAGAGAGAACAGAAGAGGAGAGAAGAGAGAGAAGAGAAGAGGAGGAGAGGAAGAGAAGAGAAGAGGAGGGAGAAGAGAAGAGGAGAGGAGAGAAGGGAGAAGAGAAGAGGAGAGAAGAGGAGAGGAAAGAGAAGAGAGAGGAAAGAGGGAGAGGAGAGAAGAGAGAGAAGAGAAGAAGAGGAGAGGAGAGGAGAGAAGAGAAGAGAAGAAGAGAAGAGAAGAGGAGAGAAGAGAAGAGGAGAGAAGAGAGAAGAAGAGAGAAGAAGAGGAGGGAAGAGAAGAUGAGAGAAGAGAAGAGAAGAGGAGAGGAGAGAGAGAGGAGAGAAGAAAGAGAGAAGAGAAGAGAUGAGGAGAGGAGAGGAGAGGAGAGAAGAGAGAAAGAAGAGAUGAGGAGAGGAGAGGAGAGAAGAGAAGAGAGGAGAAGAGAGAAGAGAAGAGGAGAGAAGAGGAAAGGAGAGGAAAGGAGGAGGGAGAAGAGAAGAGAAGAGGAGAGGAGAGGAGAGGAGAGGAGAGGAAAGAGGAGAGGAGAUGAGAGGAAAGGAAGAAGAGAUGAGGAGAGGAGAGAAGAGAAGAGGAGAGGAGAGGAGAGAAGAAAAGAAAAGAGAAGAGAAAAGAAAAGAGAAGAAGAGAGAAGAGAAUAGAAGAGGAGGGAAGAGAAGAGGAGAGAAGAGAAGAGAAGAGAAGAGGAGAGGAGAGGAGAGGAGAGGAGAGGAGAGGAGAGGAGAGGAGAGGAGAGAAGAGAAGAGAAG